AUGCGUUAUACAGAAAACGACAUACCACACAGGGAGAGAUUGCUAUCUGCAAAGAUGGGUUUCAGCUGUUCAUCCAAAGCGACUGCCAUUUUCGGUUUGCUGGCACUGUCCACACUGGUUUCAGCAAAGAAAUCCGCCGAUGUCACAGAAUUGCAGAUCGGUGUGAAGUUCAAGCCCGAAAGUUGUGAAGUUCAGGCUCACAAGGGGGAUACAAUCAAAGUACACUAUCGCGGAAAACUCACCGAUGGAACUGUUUUCGACUCCAGCUUUGAAAGGGGUGAUCCUAUUUCAUUUGAGCUUGGCAGUGGUCAAGUUAUCAAAGGAUGGGACCAAGGACUACUGGGAGCAUGUGUAGGUGAGAAGCGAAAGUUGAAAAUACCUGCAAAACUUGGUUAUGGGGAGCAAGGAUCCCCUCCUACAAUUCCAGGUGGAGCAACACUAAUAUUUGACACUGAGCUUGUUGAAGUGAAUGGGAAAACAUCAAGUGGAGGGAAAGCUAGUGAUAGUGAGCUUUAG